AUGCCCGAACUACAUCGACGCGUUCCUCAACCAAUUGAUGUUGACAUGGACGCUAUCUCCAGCAGCCAGACGCCGCUGCUCAGCUCUACACCAAGCAGUGAUGAGGGCGACCAUGACCCGAGGGACUCAUACGGCUCAACCUCGAGCAAGGACGACGUGUUGAUCAAUAUCGAUCCACAGGGUGAUGGCCUUUCCGGCGCCAUAUCCCAGGGUGGCGUGCAGCAAGCAGAUGCCAUCAAUUUAGUAUGGUCAAGAGCCGCGCUCGUGACGGCCUACUCAUUCAUCUUUUUGUGCUCGUUUGCGAACGCCCUCCAGUGGCAGGUCAUGUCUAACUUGAUGCCCUUUGUCGUUAGCGAGUUCUCGUCGCAUUCGUUGAUACCCACCAUUGGAAUCGUAGCAUCGAUAUUGAGUGGUGUAUUGAAGUUACCGGUAGCCAAGGUCAUCGAUACAUGGGGUCGUCCCCAGGGACUUGCCUCGAUGAUCGCACUGGCCACGUUUGGACUGAUACUGAUGGCCACCUGCCGGAAUGUCGAGACAUACGUAGCAGCUCAGGUCAUAUACCAAGUCGGAAUCAGUGGCUUCUCCUACACCCUCGACAUUAUUGUCGCGGAUACCUCAUCGCUGAAGAACCGGACCCUCGCGUUCGCGUUCGCCGCCUCUCCGAACCUCAUCACUUCGUUCAUCGGCCCCGUAGUCGCUCGAGCAUUUUACGAAAACAGCCGUUGGCGGUUGGCAUUCGGCGCAUCUGCCCUAGUCUUCGUCGUCUCAUCGCUGCCAGUCCUUUCUAUCUUGGCGCUGAAUACGAAGAGAGCGAAAUCUCUGGGCCUCUUACAGAAACCUACCAAGUCCGGCCCUUGGUCUAUGCAUAGACUUCGCCAAUGCCUUGUGGAUUUUGAUGCACUCGGUAUGUUGCUCAUAACAGCAGGCAUGGCUCUAAUCCUCGUGCCAUUUUCACUUGCCAGCUCUUCAGCUACCAGCCAUGGACUCGGCUCACAUACGGCGGGUGUGAUCCUUGGUCUUGUGUUGAUGGUAGCAUUCGCGCUGCAUGAGCGCAGGACAGAUCGACCUUUCUUGAGGUUCUCGCUCCUCUUCUCCCAUAAUGUUGCAGGGGCUUGCUUGCUAUCGGCCACCAUCUUCGUGGCCUACUUCUCGUGGGAUGGUUAUUAUACAUCCUACCUACAGAUCGUCCACGACCUCAGCAUCACAAAGGCCGGUUAUAUUGGACACAUCUACAGCAUCGGAUCUUCCAUUUGGGCAAUCGUGGUUGGAUAUUUGAUCCGCCGUACCGAUCGCUUCAAAUGGCUUGCUGUGGCAGCGUUGCCCGUGCAUAUCUUCGGAGGCGCUUUGAUGAUUCUGUUCCGUCGCCCUGAUACGCAUCUCGCGUGGGUCAUCAUGUGCCAGGUUCUGAUCACUGUCGGUGGCAGUACACUGGUGAUAUGCGAGCAGAUGGCUGUCAUGGCGGUCGCGAACCACGCCGAGCUCGCCUCUGUGCUGGCACUGCUGUCGCUUGCUAGCUACAUUGGAUCAGCGAUAGGGGGCUCACUGAGUGGCGCUAUAUGGAACACCGUCCUCCCAGAAGCCUUGGCCGAGCUGCUGCCGCAGUUGCCUGCUGACGAGUUGGCCCGGAUUGGGUCGGAUUUGAAAAAGCAGCUGAGCUAUCCUAUGGGAGACCCGAUACGGCAAGGCAUUAUCGCGGCCUAUGGUAGAGCCCAAGUGCGCAUGUGCAUUGCUGGCACCCUGGUCUCACUGAUUGAGAUUAUCGCUGUCUUCAUAUGGAGAGACAUCCGAGUCAGCCAAUCUAAGCAAGUCAAAGGGACGGUGUUAUGA